AUGUUUAGCUAUUUUAGAGAAGCCUUGGAUAAAUCUUCUAUAAUAGGAUGCCUGUUCUAUAAAGGCAUAAACUUGCCUAAUUAUAUUUUGCUUCCUUUAAUCAUUCAAGAACCUGUUGAAAAUGCAAAAGAUAGUUCUUAA